AUAGUACUCUUUAAACAAGACCGACCAGUUAUCAAAUCGAUGUUUAAGGCAAUAUUGUUUAUUAGCCACCUAGCAAUUUUAGGUUCGGCGUCGAAUAUUUUACUUUUAACACCUCCAGUUACAAAGUAUGCUUCCAAGAGUCACGCAGAUAAUAUGGUUGUCCUUGGAAAAGGGUUGAUUGAGGCUGGCCACGAUGUUAGCAUUUCGCGUCAAGGAACUGUUCGAAUAGAUAAUCCUGGAAAUAUCUCAUUCUUUGAUGUCGCUUCUCCGCUAUCGGAUGAAACAGUUGAGAUCAUUGGAGAGACUAUAAAAAAGUCUUCCGUUGAUUUGCUAUAUCAAAAUAUCUCAAUGUUUGCCUUGGAUGAAUAUGGAAAAAUUAUUUGGAACGGCUUAAUUGAAGAUUGUAGAGAAAUGUUGAGAGAUUCAUCAAUGAAGAAAAGACUAGAAGAAUUCGAUUUAUUAAUUAUCGAUCACUUUUACUUUUGUGGGUUUAUUUUAGCAGAAAUGUAUAAAAAACCGUUUAUUAUGUUUGAAUGUUCUUCAUACAUAACAUAUUCAGAAGCUGUUGUUCCUUCACCAAUGUCUUGGGUUCCUCCUUUUAUGAGUUCUUUAACAGAUAAAAUGACAAUAACUGACAGGGCGAAAAGUGUUAUUUCCAGUUUAUUUUUGUCCUAUUUUUUAACAAAAUUAGAUAAAAACUUUGAGAAAUUGAAAGCAGAAUUACAAAUUUCACCUGGCAAAAGUAUAUCACAAAUUCGAAAACAGUCGGAACUGUUUUUUAUGAAUUCAAACAAUAUUUUUGAAUUUCCUAGACCUCUGACCCCAAAUAUAAUAUACAUUGGUGGUAUGUUAGCAUUUCAACCUGUGAAGAAGACAGAUAUUGAUCCUAAAAUUGAGGAAAUUACAUCUAAAAGAUUCGGCAUAGUUGUCUUUGGCAGUACUUUGAAUUUUUGCAAUCAUCCAAGUUUAUUAGACGACAUACGUAAAAGUCUUGUUAAGUUUCCAGAUGUUCAAUGGAUUUGGUCAUUAAAAUGUAGUUUAGAUAAAGAUUAUCCAAAUAUUCAUAUUUUUAAAUGGGUUCCACAAGCAUACCUUUUAUCUAAGAAAAAUUGUGCCCUGUUCAUAUCACACGGUGGCUUAAAUUCUGUUUACGAAGCAAUGUAUCAUGGAACUCCUAUGUUAGUUAUUCCAAUGCCUAUGGAUAGCACGGACAACUCAAUUCGAGUGAAAAGGCAUGGAAUGUUGGAACUUCUACCAUUUCAUACAAAAGAUUUGACAUUCCUUCAAGAGUAUAUUGCAAAGAUGCUGCAAUCUAAUGCAUAUAAAAUAUCUGCAGAACGAGUUUCUAGUCUUAUCAAGUCUCAGAAACCUACGCCACUAGAGAAUGCUGUAUAUUGGAUUGAACAUGUAUUAGAGUUUGGAGGUAGUCAUUUGAGACAUUCAGCAAUAGAUAUGCCAACAUAUAAACUUUAUAAUUUAGAUUUAUUGCUAAUUGCAUUAAUUAUAUGUCUUUUAAUUGUUUGGUUAAUGAAAAAGCUAAUUGUUUUCUGUUUAAUGAAAUGUUGUUUAAGAUUUUUCAAAAAAUCUAAAAAGGAUUAAGAUAAUAAUUAAUAAUAGAAUGUUUUUUUCUGUAAUAUUCAAAUUUCCUCUAUGUUUUGUUAUAUAAAAUAUAAAAAACGGUUAGAACGUUAGACUCUAAUUCAUUUUCCUUGUAUAACAUUAACAUCAUUGAUGUUUAACUUGACUAAAUUAUUAAUAAGCUGUUUUGUUUCAAGCAGUUUUAUAUAAUGUUAUAACAUUAUUACACUUUCCACUUUAAAAAAGAAAAGUAGAUGAAAUAUUUGACGCCUGUCUCUUGACUGUGUUGACUGACCGUGUUCAAUGAUUAUCACUCGGUGAUUUAUCAAAUAUCCUUCUAUAAAUAAUUAAUUAGAUUUCUGAGUGAUUAGGAAUUUAUUGUAAUCUUUUAUUUUCCUUGAAA